AGUGGAGGAGUACAAUCCAAUGAGACUACACUACAUUGCAGCAAGAGCACAGACUCUUUGUCUUCAUGAUCCAUUGUUAUCGCAGCAGAGAGAUCAUCUCAACGAACUGACUGUCAUGCACAAUUGUGAUGUGGGUGCACCAAGUGAUGGGUCAAGGAACAUACAGACCACUGUGUCAUCAGGUCGGACAAGCACUGAUCCUGUUCAAUGGCUGGCAAUGAAGCUAAUCCAAAUAAACAGCGAGGACAGACACAGGAGCAGGCAAAAGGUUAAAGAUUAUCAAAGUGCUACACACUUUCUCGAUGCGACCACACUGAUCAGAGAAACUGAUGAUGCAAGUGAUGAACCACAAGUUCCUCAUAAGACUCCAAUCAAAUAUAUAAGAGGAGAAGAAAUUAAUUUACAAUGGAGCUAGCUACUAGUGACCUUAUUGUUAUGCACAUACUACAUCUUUUAACUAGUGACUGGAAGUAUAUGUAUUUUAUACAAUUUAGGGCAACUAUUUUAUUUAUUUUUGUUUUACAUAAUGUAACUAUAAGAUCAAGGUUACCAAAAAGACUGUGGCAUAUUGUACUCAAAA